UCUACCAAAAUGAGUGGUCUGGACAGGAACGAUAAACUCCCUCUCGCUAAUAACCGUGACCUCGCUACUCCAGAUCCUACCCCGGGAGACCCAGACCCAAACCAGUACCCGAGGCUCGGAAGGGAAACUGAUGUGACACAGGUGAUGGCGGACAUGGCUGGAGUCACCUUAGAGACCACCGCGAAUUCUUUUGACUGUGGCUUCGCACUCCGCUUUCGAGUUCCUAUUCAUCGUAACCAGGGUCCGACCAAAGCCGUGCAGGAAAAGGCUGCACCUCCGACUGGACGCGCGAAAGCAGCUUCUGCCUCCGUAGCAUUUGACCGCAGCAUUAAAAAUGGUCGUCCUGGUGAAGAGCUGCACAGCUCUGCAGAGGAGAAGGCCCCGGAAGCCUGUGGCGCAGUAGGGUUGGGGUCUCAGAUGAUGGCUGGGGCGAAGGCCAAGGAAGUGACGACUAAGAAGUGCGCUGUCUUACCGGCCGCGGAAAAGAAGAGAGAAGCCGAGGGGGCGGUGGUAGUGGGAAAGAAGAUGUUACAAAAGGAAAGAAAAGCGGUAGGGGAGAUGAAAGAAGAAAAAGGGGCCAGAAUACCGAAGAUCAAUAACUGCAUGGAUUCAUUAGAGGCCAUUGAUGAGGAGCUGUCAAACGUAAAUGCCCAGGCUGACCGUGCCUUCCAUCAGCUGGAGCGCAAAUUUGGCCGUAUGCGAAGGCUCCAUAUGCAGCGCAGGAGUUUCAUCAUCCAGAAUAUCCCAGCUUUCUGGGUCACUGCCUUUCGGAACCACUCCCAGCUAUCACCGAUGAUCAGUGGUCAAGAUGAAGAUAUGAUGAAGUACAUGAUCAAUUUGGAGGUGGAGGAGCUUAAACACCCCAGAGCUGGCUGCAAAUUCAAAUUCAUCUUUCAUUGCAACCCCUACUUCCGAAAUGAAGCACUUGUCAAGGAAUAUGAGCGCAGGUCCUCUGGCCGAAUCGUGUGUCUUGCCACUCCAAUCCGAUGGCACCAGAGCCAAGAUCCCCAAACUCACAUCCACAAGAAUCGGGAGGGAAACACAAUCCACAGCUUCUUCAAGUGGUUCUCGGACAACAGUCUCCUAGAAUUCGACAAGAUUGCUGAGAUCAUCAAAGGGGAACUGUGGCCCAAUCCCUUGCAAUACUACCUGAUGGGUGAAGGAGCCCGCAGAGGAAUGCAAGACCCAGCAAGGCAGCCAGUGGAGAACCCCCUGUCCUUCAGGUUCCAGUCCGGCUAA